GCUCUAUUUCCAGUUUUCCAUUCCGUUUUUCUUUUCUAAACUUUCAAUUUUUUAAUCCUUUAAUUCAUUCAUACAAUUGUUCUCCUUUUAGAAUAAUAUAAAUCCGAAUUGUUUUUUUAUUUUUUUAAUAAAACUCAUUGACUCUUUCCACGUAAUUUGACUAGUUGAAAUACGGUAUUUUGUGUUGUGUAUGUAUGGCUAUUGUCAUUGUUAGGCUACUUGCUAAAUCUUUAUAAUUCAAUACUAUAAAAAAAAAAUUAAAAAAAAAUUGCUUUUGAAUGGUUACGAUUAUUAUGUUCGUUUUCCUUGGUCUUUUUUUUUUUUUUUUUUGGCAAGAUUUGUUGUAAUGUUAUGGAGUUUCAAGUGAGUGAAAUUUACUAUAUGUUCCCUGUUCCUCAAUUUCGGCUAUUUUUAUAGAUCCGCUUUUACCCUGUCAACAUGUUAGUAUCAUCCGCUUGCUCCUGGUUGAAUUUGAAAUGUCUUCCCCAAAAGAAUGUGUUUAAUCAAGGCUGGAGUCUCAAUGGGGCUCCUUUUGCCAAAGACCCCUUCUUCUGGGCAUUUGGAAAGGUACACCAGUGAGCCCGAGAAUUGGCAUAUCUGUUGCCAUAGGCCUUUGGUCGCGGGGAGCAUUUCAUAUUUACCUGCUUGGGCUUGCUGUAAUCUUUAUACGUUGGCGGGUCAAUGUGAUUUCUCUACCUCAUUUUUCUAUUUCUUGGUUCUUUUAACUGUUGGAAAAGAUACUUUGGUAUUUUUAUUUUUUCAAAUAUGUUUUCUUUUUUGUCGCUUACACACCAUUUGAGAUUCCUGUGUUUCUUGAUUUUUAAAACUAUAAUUCUGUGUGUUGUAAGGCAUAUAUAUAGAACAUGGACAAAGGGCAUUACUUUUCUUCUAAAAUCGAUUGGUCACUUGGAGCUGCAUCUCUUGAUCGUUUACAUUAUUGACACAUUUUUGAUAAAUUUAUUUAGUUUUGGACAUGCAAUGGAUUACAAGCUGAUAAAGAAGCAUGUCGCACCGCAAAUUUGAACACCCAAGACAUGGCUCAUUGGGAUUUCUUCCCAGAAAAAGAGCCUCGCAUCAUCGUGGAAAAGUGAAGGCCUUUCCCAAAGAUGAUCCAACAAAAGCUUGCAGAUUAACUGCUUUCCUGGGAUACAAAGCUGGGAUGACUCAUAUUGUUAGAGAAGUUGAGAAACCAGGAUCGAAACUCCACAAGAAGGAAACAUGUGAGGCAGUAACUGUUGUUGAAACACCACCAAUGGUGAUUGUUGGUGUUGUUGGUUAUAUCAAGACAGCCCAUGGCCUCCGCUGCCUGAACACUGUUUGGGCCCAAUAUCUUAGUGAGGAGGUGAAGAGGAGAUUCUACAAGAACUGGUGCAAAUCCAAGAAGAAGGCUUUCACCAAGUAUUCAAAGAAAUAUGAAACUGAAGAUGGGAAGAAAGAUAUCCAGGUUCAAUUGGAUAAAAUCAAGAAAUACUGCUCUGUAAUUCGUGUUUUGGCUCAUACCCAGAUUAGGAAAAUGAAGGGAUUGAAGCAGAAGAAAGCCCAUCUUAUGGAAAUUCAGGUGAAUGGUGGAGAUAUUGCAAAGAAGGUUGACUAUGCUUACAGUCUUUUUGAGAAGCAGAUUCCUGUUGAUGCUGUUUUCCAGAAAGAUGAGAUGAUUGACAUUAUUGGUGUCACCAAGGGAAAAGGCUAUGAGGGUGUGGUUACUCGCUGGGGUGUUACACGUCUCCCUCGUAAGACCCACCGUGGGCUACGUAAAGUAGCUUGUAUUGGUGCCUGGCAUCCAGCUAGGGUUUCAUUUACAGUUGCCAGGGCUGGACAGAAUGGUUACCAUCAUCGUACGGAGAUGAACAAGAAAGUUUACAAGCUUGGAAAAUCUGGACAGGAGUCUCAUUCUGCUAUAACUGAAUUUGACAGGACUGAGAAAGAUAUUACUCCAAUGGGAGGUUUCCCUCAUUACGGUGUAGUGAAAGAGGAUUACCUGCUGAUAAAGGGAUGCUGUGUAGGGACUAAAAAGCGUGUAGUUACCUUGAGGCAGUCACUACUGAAGCAAACAUCCAGGGUUUCCAUGGAAGAGAUUAAGGUCAAGUUCAUUGACACAUCAUCCAAAUUUGGCCAUGGUCGUUUCCAGACGACGGAGGAGAAGGCAAAGUUUUAUGGACGCCUCAAGGCUUGAUUCUGCUGAGUUCGGUUUAGAUGGGAAUAUCUGUGUUCACCAUUUACUUAUUGAUGUUUGGACUAGAUCUAGACUUUUCUAGUUAAUUACAAUAAUUUUGUAAUUUUAUGCUUUUAGUUUAUGGAUUCUCCCCUCGUCAACCACGAGGGAUUGGAGUUUAUGAAUCUCUGUUUUUGAUAAGAACUGACAGAAGAAUUUGCUCAGUUUAUCAAAUUAGAGAGAUGCCUUUGGUUUGGUUU